AUGAAUCAUAGCCUUCACGGCUCAGCCUGGUCAGGUUUUUAUAAAAAGGCUUUAAACGAACGUCAAAAUCAACUAAAGCUUGCUUUUCCGGAUUUAUUUAAUCUACCAUCUACAAGUACUGUUCCUUCAGUUUAUGCUACACCUUCAAGCUCUGUUUGUAGUUCUCCCUUAAGUCCUACUUGCAGUUCUCCUGUCUCUUUAAACUAUUCCAAAGAAAAUGAAUUAAACAAUACGUUUAAUAGUAUAAAUGACGAACAAAUUAAUUACUUAGUAAAAAAAUUAGAGUCAUUAUCUGUUGAUCAGAAUCCAUUUCCAAUAAAAGGCCUUGAAGAACAUAUUGCAGAUAAAAUGGUUGAAAAUUGUGUAGGGACAAUAGGUUUACCGGUUGGAUUGGCUCUUAACUUCAUAAUCAACGGAAAGCCAAUAAUUAUUCCCAUGGCGAUCGAAGAAGCCUCAGUUAUUGCUGCUGUUUCGGGAGCAGCAAAAACAAUCUCAUCAUAUAGGGGGUUCACCGCAGUGGCACCUAAAAGAAACUCGAUAAUAGCUCAAGUCAUUCUUUUAGAUAUACCUCAAAAUUCUAUGAGUCAUGCCGUAAAUGAGUUAUUACAUCAAAAGUCGAAUAUCAUUAAAUUUGCCAACCAGUUUUGUGACAGUAUGGUUAAACGGGGAGGUGGAGUAUUUGAUAUGUCAGUUAGAAGGAUCUCACGCGUAAAUAAUCGAAAUCCAAAACAUCAUCCAAUUGGUUCUGAAAAGUUCAAAGAGUGGUUAGUGGUGCAUUUGCAUCUUGAUGUGUGUGACUCUAUGGGUGCUAAUUGUGCAAGCAAAGUUGCUGAAGGUGUAGCGCCACGCCUUUCUGAAUUGACUGGUGGUCGAAUCGGCUUAAGAAUUUUGAGUAAUUUAAGCGUAGAAAGGAUGGCAAAGUCAUAUACCGGCAAAGAAGUAGCUGCACGUAUUAUUGAAGCUUAUGAGUGGGCUGAGGUCGAUCAUUACAGAGCCAUAACUCAUAACAAAGGCAUAAUGAAUGGGAUUGAUGCUGUUGCUUUGGCAACAGGCCAAGAUUGGCGUGCUAUUGAAGCCUUAGCUCAUGCAUGGGCUUGUGAUGGAGUAAGAAAUGACCAUUCUCAGUCCAAUAAUUAUCGUCCUUUGACAACAUAUUGGGUUGAAAAAGAUGAUCAGUUGGCAGCAUGUGGGAAUGAAGGGGAUGACUGCUUAAUGUUUUGUGGGGAAUUGGAAUUGCCCAUAACGGUUGGUACCGCUGGCGGUGUUAUAAAUACAAAUCCUGCUUAUUCAUAUAAUAUAGGAAUCAUGGGAAACCCUAACGCAAGAGACCUCUCCAUGAUCAUGGUAUGUAUAGGUCUUGCACAAAAUUUUGCUGCUCUCCGUGCACUUGCUACUGAAGGUAUACAGUGUGGACACAUGAAAUUACAUGCUAACAACAUAGCCUUUACAGCAUUACGUUGUUAUGAGGAUGAAACAAAUAGCAGUUAUCCAUCUCACAUUGUCACGAAUACUGUACAAAGAAUGAUAGAAAAAGGUAGUAUAACGUUAGCCACAGCUAAGGAAUUUAUAGAAGAAUCUCUAUCUGGACUGUCUAAGGUUUUAACCAAUUAA